AUGGUCUAUCCAGGAGACACAGGACGCGUGGACGAGACCGGGCGAGCGUCGCGCGUAUUUUUCCUGGAGACCGGGUACCCUCUAGAGGUCACCGGUCGCUUCUCGUGCGCCAUCGAGUCGGUGGCCAAACAUCACCCCCGUUGGAGCGUGAACGUGCUCGCCGCGAUGGACGCAGCGAACGGCACCGACUCGUGGCUGGACGGGCCUUUCAAGCGCAUGCUGGGCAGUCUCCCCAACGUGGCUUUUGGCAACGUGCAGGUUGCCGAUGUCCUGCGCGGCACGCCUCUGGAAUCCUGGAGCGUGGCGGACCACCUCAAAGGCGGCACCAAAUUCAACGAGGUCUUGUCAAACGUGUUGCGCCUGGCACUUCUCUACAAGCGAGGCGGCGUCUACCUCGACAAGGACACCAUCGUCAUGCGGCCGCUCUACGGGUUCCGCUCCUGCCUCUCGCAGACGGCGCUGCGCAAGGGGGACGCCGUGGGCAACAGCUUCCUGUUCUUCAAAGCGGGCCAUCCUUUCCUGCGAGACGCGAUGGAGCACAUAGCCAGCGAACACCACCAGGAGAAGCUCAAGACGUCCCUCGGGCCUUCGCUGCUGCACUACGUACUCCUGGAGCGCUGCGGCGUCGAUAGCGUGGCGCCGCUGGCCACCGAGGGUCGGCCGUGCCGGGACGUGCUCGUGCUGCCGUGGCACGUGCUGAUGCCCGUCCCGUGGACGGCCUGGAACAUGCUGUUCGACGCCGCCGACACGAACUCCUCGUGGUGGGAGGCGUGCCGGGACAGCCACGCCAUGUGCCUCUACGGCAAGAUGAGCGGCCGCAGAAGGGCCGAGAGGAACUCGCCUUACUGGCGCGCCGCGAAGGACCACUGUCCGCGAUCGCUGAACAUGUCCGCUGAUCUGGACGGACGGUUCUGACACGCCAGUUGCCACUCGCUCGAAGAACUCCUCUCUAUAGACUGUAGU